UAGAAGAAACAGAAACAAAGUUCGAAAUAUUAAUUUUUUUAAUUUGACGUACUGUACUCUCUAAAAAAUAAACAGAGAGCUCAAAACCCUAAUUUCUCAUAGUUUCUCUUCUCUGCCGCCAAAAGCAUGAGACCGAUUCUACAAGCAUGCGGAAGGAACAUUCCAGCUUUCAGGAGGUAUCUCUUUCGCUCUGCCGGAACCCUAUCUUCACCGGAGCUUAAGGACGGCCUGAAUCUUCAUAUCGCCAAUGCCGGUGAAGAUCCGAAGGCUUCAUUCGUCCCAGUGCUAGAGAAAUGGAAGCAACAAGGAAAUCAUUUGAAUCCUUCUGAUCUCAGAAGCAUCAUCCAAACCCUCCGUGAUUCUGAACGAUUUCCCCAAGCUCUCAAGGUUUCAGAGUGGAUGAGUGAGCAGAAGGUGUGCAAUCUAAUCCCAGAAGAUUACGUUGCUCGGCUUCAUCUCAUUGACAACGUUUUAGGUUUGGAAGAAGCAGAGAAAUUCUUCGAAAGCAUUCCCCAAGACAAGAGAGAUGACUCUGAUCUCUACACAACUAUCUUAAGCUUCUACACAAGAUCUGAGAAAACUCUGGAAAAAGCUGAGUUAAUCUUCCAGAAGAUGAGGAAGCUCGGGUACCUAUCGAAACCGUGUCCGUUCAACCACAUGAUGUCUCUCUACAAUCAGAUAGGUAAGCGAGAUAUGGUCCACCAGAUUCUGAGCCAAAUGGAGAAGAACAAUGUCAAGUCAGACAAUCGCACGUUAAAGAUUAUACUGGGGCUAUUAGCAGAAUGUGAUACCUCAACAUUGGAUUGGCGCACGAGCUGCGAGAUGGCAAAAACUUACCUAAAACAAGGACUAGUGGUAGAGGCGGUAAAGAUGUUGCGUAGAGCCGAAGAAUCAGUAGUAGAUCCCGACUCGAAGAAGUUAGUUUACGAGUCACUGAUGGUGUUGUAUGGUGAAGCCGGAAAGGCUGAAGAGGUUUACCGUAUAUGGGGACUGUACAAUAACAUGAGCUUGCUUCAGAGAGUAGCCGACGAGGAGGGAUAUAAAGCAGUAAUAACUGCCUUAUUGAAACUAAACGAUAUCAAUGGGGCAAGUACGAUUGUAAACAAGUGGUAUGGGAAAGAUGUCAGAAUCAUAACUAUGAUGGCAUCUGCUUACUGCGAGAAAGGGCAGCUAAAAGACGCCGAGGAACUGUUGUUUAGGAAGGGUUUUCGUUUCGUGCCCAAAAAAAUUGCCCUGGCUCUUGUCGUAUGUUACGGUUACAUGUUAUACGACCUCGGGGUGAAGCUUUAUUUAGGGCUAACAAUGUGAUGAAGAAGUACUAGAAUAAUAGAUUAGCUUUCCU